GUAUCUUGGGGGCGCAAAGUUUCUCUGUGCUAUUUUUACUGGAGCAGGAGUAUCAAGACAAAACGCACGAGGAGAGUCUCAAUACGCUUGAGUGGGGGCUUUUUUUCCACCAUCUUUUCCAGUUUGUUUGGAACUCGAGAGAUGAGGAUUCUCAUCCUGGGAUUGGAUGGAGCAGGAAAAACAACCAUUCUGUAUAGAUUACAAGUUGGAGAAGUUGUUACCACUAUUCCAACAAUUGGUUUCAACGUUGAGACAGUGACAUACAAGAAUCUGAAAUUUCAAGUUUGGGACUUGGGAGGACAGACAAGUAUAAGGCCCUAUUGGCGAUGUUACUAUUCAAAUACAGAUGCAGUCAUUUAUGUAGUAGACAGCUGUGAUCGAGACAGAAUUGGCAUUUCAAAAUCAGAACUUGUUGCUAUGUUGGAGGAAGAAGAGCUGAAGAAAGCCAUUUUAGUGGUGUUUGCAAACAAGCAGGACAUGGAACAGGCCAUGACUCCCACAGAAAUGGCAAACGCACUUGGCUUACCAGCUUUGAAGGACCGAAAAUGGCAGAUAUUCAAAACCUCUGCAACUAAAGGCACUGGGCUUGAUGAAGCAAUGGAAUGGUUGGUGGAGACCUUGAAGAGUAGGCAGUAAUACAAAGCUGACUAUAGCAAAGAAGUUUUAACUAAACUAAACUAUACCCAGCAUCCCUCUUUUCAGGCCACAACUGCUUGUAAAUAGAACAGAUUGAAAAUGACUCCUGUAAAGUGGAUGCCUCUCUUGAAUUGUAAAACCAAACCAAGUGACUGGCUGUGUACAUUAAAAUACUCCAUUUCUUUCUUUG